AUGUGGGGUUAUGUUUCUGGAAUUUCCACGAAACCGAAGAACGAUAAGGAUGACAGCUUUGCAGAACAGUUGGAUCUUUGGGAUGCCAAAAAUUUUAAAAUCAUCACUUGGAUCAACAAUUCGGUUCAACAAUCAAUCGGUAUCCAAUUGGCGAAAUAUGAGACGGCGAAGGAAGUUUGGGAGCACUUGGAAAGGUUGUAUACACAGUCUAAUUUUGCAAAGCAGUAUCAGUUGGAGAUUGACAUUCGGGCGCUUCAACAGAAUAGCAUGAACGUUCAGGAAUUUUAUUCUGCUAUGUCUAAUCGGUGGGAUCAGCUUGCUUUGACUGAAUCAGCAGAGUUACGGGCAUUUGCCCCUUACAUUGCUCGGAGAAACGCACAACGUCUGGUUCAGUUUUUGAUGGCUCUUUGA